CUUCAAAGGCAUCCAUCCCAGCGGCUGCUUGUUCCAGUGCACUCGGCCGAAGGAUAGUGCUUGGAGGGAGCCGGGCUUCGCGCUUCCGUGCAACGGCCGGACACGUUGGUCUCUUUGGUCUUGGAUUGGGCAGCAAUUAAACCCCCGCAGGUUCGUGGGAACGUUCCUGGGCAGGCAUGAUGUUCCAGAGGAGUUGGUUACUGGGGCUAAUGGUCUAUCUAGCUUUGUGGCUUUCAUCACAGGCUCAAGAUGGUGAGAGAGAGGAUGGGACCUCUUUUGACUUACUGAAAAUCAGCAACAUAAACAGAAAGACAAUCGGAGCAAAACUAUUUCGGGGCAACAUUUCUAAUGUCCCAGCAUAUCGCUUCAUCCGGUUUGAUCGCAUCCCUCCUGUUAAUUCAGAGAAAUUAAGACAGAUUAUUAAACUGAUGCAGCAAAAUGAGGGCUUCAUACUUUCAGUCACCAUGAGGCAGGAUAGGAAUUCCAAGGGGACCAUUCUUGCAUUGGAAGGUCCUGGCGUCUUUCAGCGACAGUUUGAGAUUGUUUCCAAUGGUCAAGAAAAUACGCUUGAACUUUCCUAUUGGAUUGAUGGAGCCUGGAAACGGCAUUCGUUGGAAGACGUGGAGUUGGCGGAUGUGCAGUGGAAGAAUAUCACGGUGCAAGUUACAGGAGAAAGUUACAGCAUCUAUGUUGGUUGUGACCUCGUUGACAGUUUGACCCUGGAAGAACCUUUCUAUGAAUACCUGAAAGCAGAGAAAAGUAACAUGUAUGUGGUCAGGGGAGCUACACGAGAGAGCCACUUUCGGGGUCUCUUACAAAAUCUUUAUCUGGUUUUUGGAACUACAGUAGAGGAUGUUUUGCGCAAUAAAGGAUGCCAGAGAAGUCAAUCAGCUGAAGUGAACACUAUUAAUGAGAACACAGAGAUCCUGCAUCUCGGUCCUUCAAUCAUGACAGAGUAUGUUGGAGAAAACACAGAGAAGAAAGCAGAAUUCUGUGAUCGCUCUUGUGAAGAGCUUGGGUCUAUGUUUGCUGAACUCCAUGGACUACGAGUUGUUAUCAACAGCUUGUCUGAUAAAUUGAAAAGUGUGUCAGAGGAGAAUAACAAAAUUGUAUCAGAAUUGCUUGGUCCCAAUAAAACACUGAAGAACCAGACUGCUUGCUGGCAAGAUGGCCGUGAAUUUGCAAAUAGCUCACAUUGGGUUGUGGACAGCUGUACAAAAUGUAGCUGUCAGAACUCUAAAACGGUGUGCAAUAAAAUCACAUGCCUGCCUGUGCAUUGCGCCCGUCCAACUUUUAUAGAUGGCGAGUGCUGUCCUAUCUGCUCCCACACUGAUGAUAAGGAGGAAGGCUGGUCUCCCUGGUCAGAGUGGACAGAAUGCUCAGUCACAUGUGGACCUGGAACUCAGCAGAGGGGAAGGUCAUGUGAUGUUACCAGCAACACUUGCCGAGGCCCAUCCAUUCAGACCAGGACCUGCUCUCUUGGCAAAUGUGACAAUCGCAUACGUCAAGAUGGUGGUUGGAGUCACUGGUCACCUUGGUCUUCCUGUUCUGUAACUUGUGGAGUAGGCAACAUCACUCGCAUACGGCUCUGCAAUUCCCCAAUGCCACAGAUGGGUGGGAAAAGCUGCAAAGGAGGCGGACGUGAAACUGAAGAAUGCGAAAGGGACCCAUGUCCAAUUAAUGGUCGAUGGGGUCCUUGGUCUCCAUGGUCUGCAUGCACAGUUUCCUGUGGUGGAGGCAUUCGUGAGCGAUCUCGUCUCUGCAAUAGUCCAGAACCUCAGUAUGGUGGAAAGGCUUGUGCAGGCGAUGUCCUUCAACGUGAUAUGUGCAAUAAACAGGAUUGUCCAAUAGAUGGCUGUUUAUCCAAUCCUUGCUUUCCUGGAACAGAAUGCAAUAGCUAUCCUGAUGGCUCAUGGUCCUGUGGUGCAUGUCCAGCUGGUUAUUUGGGAAAUGGAACCUUCUGUGAGGACCUUGAUGAGUGUGCUGUAGUGCCAGAUGUUUGCUUUAAAUUCAAUCAGAACCAUCGAUGUGUAAACACCAACCCAGGAUUCCACUGCUUACCAUGCCCUCCGCGCUACAAAGGAACUCAGCCAUAUGGGGUGGGCCUAGAGGCUGCCAGAACAGAAAAACAAGUGUGUGAGCCCUCCAACCCAUGCAAAGAUAAAACACACAAUUGCCACAGUUCAGCUGAGUGCAUCUACCUGGGGCAUUUCACUGACCCUGUGUACAAGUGUGAAUGUAGGACAGGCUAUGCCGGUGAUGGAUUCAUCUGUGGGGAAGACUCUGACUUGGAUGGAUGGCCCAAUAGUAACCUGGUCUGUGCUGCCAAUGCUACUUAUCACUGCAUGAAGGAUAAUUGUCCUUUCCUGCCAAAUUCUGGACAAGAAGAUUUUGAUAAGGAUGGAAAAGGUGAUGCUUGUGAUGAAGAUGAUGACAAUGAUGGUGUAGUAGAUGAUAAAGACAAUUGUCCACUUCUUUUUAAUCCCCGGCAAUAUGAUUAUGAUAAAGAUGAAGUUGGUGAUCGUUGUGAUAACUGUCCAUAUGUGCACAAUCCUGCUCAGAUUGACACCAAUCAUAAUGGAGAGGGUGAUGCGUGUGCAGUAGAUAUUGAUGGAGAUGAUAUUUUCAAUGAUCGUGACAACUGCCCAUAUGUCUACAACACAGACCAGAUAGAUACAGAUAGAGAUGGAGUUGGUGAUCAUUGUGAUAAUUGUCCCCUAGUACACAAUCCGGAUCAGACUGAUGUGGACAAUGAUCUGGUUGGUGACCAAUGUGAUAACAAUGAAGACAUAGAUGACGAUGGUCAUCAGAAUAACAAAGACAACUGCCCUUACAUUUCCAAUGCUAACCAGGCUGAUCAUGACAAAGAUGGCAAAGGGGAUGCCUGUGAUCAUGACGAUGAUAAUGAUGGUGUCCCAGAUGACAGAGACAAUUGUCGACUUACAUUCAACCCUGACCAAGAAGAUUCUGAUGGUGAUGGCCGAGGUGACAUCUGCAAAGAUGAUUUUGACAAUGAUAGUGUCCCAGAUAUUUUUGAUGCUUGCCCUGAAAAUGAUGCCAUUAGUGAAACAGAUUUCAGAAAAUUUCAAAUGGUACCCCUGGAUCCUAAAGGAACAGCUCAAAUUGACCCAAAUUGGGUAAUUCGCCACCAGGGCAAGGAAUUGGUUCAGACUGCUAAUUCAGAUCCUGGCAUAGCUGUUGGCUAUGAUGAAUUCAGUUCGGUUGACUUCAGUGGCACAUUCUAUGUCAACACAGACCGAGAUGAUGAUUAUGCUGGAUUUGUUUUUGGUUACCAGUCCAGUAGUCGCUUCUAUGUCCUGAUGUGGAAGCAAGUGACUCAGACAUACUGGGAAGAUAAGCCAACCAGAGCUUAUGGAUACUCAGGGGUGUCCCUUAAGGUGGUAAAUUCCACAACUGGUACUGGUGAACAUUUAAGAAAUGCUCUUUGGCACACAGGAAAUACACUUGGACAGGUGCGUACCUUGUGGCAUGAUCCCAAAAAUAUUGGUUGGAAAGAUUAUACUGCCUACAGGUGGCAUUUGAUCCACAGACCUAAGACAGGAUUAAUAAAGGUUGUAGUCUUUGAAGGAAAACAGAUCAUGGCAGAUUCUGGACCAAUCUAUGAUACAACUUACGCUGGUGGACGAUUAGGUCUUUUUGUCUUUUCACAAGAAAUGGUGUACUUCUCUGACCUCAAAUAUGAAUGUAAAGAUGCCUGAAUUAUUGCAGCUGUGUAAAAACCAAUGUACUGUAGAUGCCGUUCAACCUAGACACCUCUAUACAUCUUAGUACUUCAAUUCCCUUACCUUUUUUCUACAUUUCCUUGACCUUAUACAACCCUGUUUCCAGGAGGGAUCCUCCAGCCCUACACCUAAGUGCCUCUGAGGAGUUUGGAUUAAACGUGACCAUUGAACUCAUUGCUGAUGCAGAAAAAUAUUGACAUGUGGAUUGAAAACAUGUCAUAAAUAUUUGUUAAUUUGCUUUAGUUUUUUUAAAAUGACGUUUACAUAUAAAAUGUAAAAGUGUAAUUAUAUUGUGUAUUAUAUAGAUAUAAAUAUGGCAGAAAUAAGGUUUGGGGGAGCAGACAAUAUAGCAAGCAGAAGGAAAUGGUUAGAGAUAAGAUCACCUCUUAAACCUUUGUAGCUUGUUCAGAUGAGAGGUGGGCUUUGCUUUCCCAAAGGCUAAAAGAUAUACUAUAACAGAAGGACAACCUUUACAAAAUUUGCUCAGAGAGAAGCUGUGGGAAUUUAAGUAGAGUAAAGAAGAUGAUACAGUGUUAUUCAAAUGUUAAUAAUUUCCUAUCAUCUUUUUAGACCAGCAAUCUGCUUGGAGUUUUACUUUAAAGCAAAUUCUCUUUUAUAAUCAAUAUUUAACAUUUCAACUGGGUUCCAUGGAAGAAAUUACAGUCUUGGUUUCUGUUAUACCAAAGCAAAUUCAUAAGAAUUUUGGUUAUUUCAGAAUUUUUAACACAGUUCUCAUGAGUUGCAGUUGAGAUAGCCCAAUAUUUUAAAAGGAGAACAAAAUCACUUUAUUAUUCCAACUGAGGUUUAAAUGAUAAGUAUGCCUUUGCAAGAAUUGCAUGCAGUGACAUCACACAGGCAUUGCCAUCAUACCUAUAUUUACAUGAAGGAAAGCAAUUUUUGAAGGCCAACUGCUUGUGUGCAUGAAGCUCCUGUGAAAAUAGUUUGUGGCUGCAUCUCACAAACUACUUUCCCACCUCUUCUACAUGCUUGCACUUUGAUUUCCAAAUGCUGAUAAACUAGGAAUGCAGCCAUUAUCAAGAUCUAGUAACAUAGUUCCACUUAUGAGGAUACUGAUGUUAUUUACAGCUACAUUCUCCAAUAACUUAUUUCAAAAUUCACUGGAAAGUCCAUUAAUAAUGAAAGAUUUCAAAGAAGAUGGCUAAUGAAUGCCUUUAAUGAUAUAAUGGGAAAAUAUGGAAGUACUUGCUCAUAUAUGCAAUUUUUAGUUGCUCUGAACUGUCAAACAAAUAACCAUUGAGACCUUGAAAAUGAAACCUUGAUAUUUACGAUUGCCCUCAAUGCUUGUAAUUUUUAUUGUAUGUGUGCUGUAUAUAUAUCGUUUCAAGAAAACUGUACUAAAGGUCCAUCGACCCCUUUAGUCUAACCAGAUACAAGUUAUUCAGCUAUAGGCUUAGUAUUCUCAUAUUUAUCAUUUUUUUGUUUUAAACUGAACAAGCUUUCUCUGGAAGAUAUACUCAAUUGGUAUGGUUUGAUUCAUAGAUGAGGUUUACAUAUAGAAAAACAUAAGGCUUUGUCUCAAUCCAAAAUGCCAUCAUGUUAUACCAAAAAAGUGUUGGUAGACAUGUGAAUGUGUGGAGUUUAGAGGAUUUGCAAGUAUAGCUGGCAGAUGCCACUUCUAGGAACAAACUUCUGCUGAGAAUUCAAAUGUUUAACAUUCUUGUUCAUUUCCACACUCCAAACCCUAUAAGACAGAGGUCCUCAAACUUGGCAACUUUAAGAUUUGUGGACUUCAACUCCCAGAAUUCUGGGAGUUGAAGUCCACAAGUCUUAAAGUUGCCAAGUUUGGAGACCUCUGCUAUGAGAUCAGGCUUAAUCAACCCUAAUCAACCCUGCUAGAUCAGGCUUGGGAAUUACUCAUAAUUUGAUAUCCAGACAAAAGGCAUAUAAAGAGAAGCGAUUCGAACAAAGAACAGUAAGAUCCAGAUCAUCCACAAGUUUGCCUGCAGCUAUGAACGGUCACAACAACAUUGUAGAUGCAAACCUGUCAUUUUCCUAUCAAUAUGUUUAAAGCAGCCACUGGGGAAUGGAAGGGUAUAUGUGUCUCUCUCCAUUGCUGCCCCAUCCCAAUGGCUGUUCAAGGAUCAUCUCUUGAAUUGCUUGAAGGAUGUGAUAGAGUAAUCCACAUCCAAUUCCUCAGCUUUGCAUACAGUUUUCUGUGGAUUUGGAAGUUAUAUGCCUUAUCAAUAAUCUGGGGUUUCUGGUUUUAUUGCACAUUCUUUGUUUUGUCAUACUAAUAGACAUUUUAAUGUUUUUUUAAUGAGAUUUGUGGAGGGUGUCUUUUGCAAAUCAUAUUUUUAAUGCAUUGAAAGUAUUGCUGUUAAGUCCCAGAGAAGAAUUAUUGAGGGAAACUUCAUUAAUGUAAUCAUGUUUUUGUAUCUUUUAAAUAAAAAAGGCAUCAGUGCUGGGACUAA